UAAACAGCAAGUGCGCGUAGUUGAGAUUCCUUCGGAAAAUACACCUUAUUAGUAUUUUUUUUGCAUUGCUUAUGAUGUUGAUGAUUUAAGAGAAAAGAUGUCUCUCGUUGCAGACAGUGAACAAGCUGCUGAUAUUGUAGAUCGCCUACAAGCUCGUCUACAAGAAGAGGGUGAUUUUUCUCGAGAUGACGAACUAUCAUCCGUUAUUUGCAUGUUGGAGAGUCCAUUGUUUCACCAACUUCUAACCUUACAAGAAUCUAUUCAAGAGCUGAAACAUAUAUCUGAUAAUGAACCUCUCACUGAAGAUAGUUUUGAUUUCUCUUCUUCUGGGAAACUUCAUCUUCAACCCAGUCAUGGUCACAUGCGGGAUGUGGGUCAUAUGAGAUACGAUGACGACGAGGUUUUAAGUGAUACAGCAACCUUAGAUUUGCGAAAAACAUAUUUGAACAAUGCAAUAUCAACACACAACUAUAAAAUUGAGUUUCAAAAAGCCAUACAAAAUUCUGCUCACUCCAGAAAAGUUGAAACUAUUAAGUUAUUCAAGCCAGACAAUAGUUCGUUGGGUUUCAGUGUGGUUGGUUUAAAGAGUGAAAAUCAUGGUGAACUAGGUAUAUUUGUACAAGAUAUUCAACCUGGAGGAAUAGCUGCCAAAGAUGGAAGACUACAGGAAAGGGAUCAAAUAUUGGCAAUAGAUGGUCAGCCGUUAGAUAUCUCCCAUCAAGAGGCCAUUCGUAUUUUGCAAUCUGCCCAGGGGUUGGUAGAUUUAGUAGUAGCCCGUGGUCCAAUCCCUGAAUUCGACGAACCACAGGCUGUCACUGAACCACAACUUGAAGAAGUUGAUGCCGAAGAAAAUUUCGCAAUCCCCAAUUACGUUGAAAAGCCAAGUGACGACAGCUCGGACAAAACAGCCGACAUGGUGUUGAGUACAGAAUGGACACAGAUAGAGGUUAUUGAUCUGAUUAAUGAUGGUACUGGUUUAGGAUUUGGUAUUAUUGGCGGUAGAAGUACAGGUGUUGUUGUUAAAACAAUACUACCUGGUGGCAUAGCUGACAAUGACGGUCGAUUACGCAGUGGGGAUCACAUUCUCCAGAUUGGCGAUGUCAAUGUUCGCGGGAUGAGCUCGGAACAGGUGGCUUUAGUGUUACGCCAGAGUGGCAGCCAUGUUAGAUUGAUAGUGGCCCGAUCGAUCUUAGAACCGCCACCGUUCCAGGUUCCUCAUGCCCCUAUCAUCGCUACCCAUGCCUUAGAUGAACAUCUUAUGCAAAUAAAUGAGAUAAUGGCCAUGGAUAACCAGGAGAGUAUAGAUCAGGGAAUGGCCGAUGAACAGAAUGAAUAUAAUAGAAGAGGUGAUGCCGAAAGAGAUGCCGCGAUAGACAUGCAGAGGGAGAGGGAUAGAGAGAUGCAGAGAGAUAGAGAUAGAGAUAUGCAGGGACAAGUUCAAGUUCAUCCUUAUUUGGAAUUACAGCAACCGGCGUAUGAAAUGAACGAAGAUUUGGAUGGUGCUGAAGUAUUUGAUGUUGAUUUAGUUAAAGAUCAUCAAGGUGUUGGUAUCACUAUAGCUGGUUAUAUAGGAGGAGAGGAGACCCCGGGAACAGAAGACAUAUCAGGUAUUUUUGUGAAAAGUAUAGCAGAAGGAUCCGCUGCAGCAAAAGAUGGUAGAAUUCAAGUUAAUGAUCAAAUUAUCGAGGUUGAUGGAUUAUCUCUACAUGGCUAUACGAAUCAUCAAGCAGUGGAAGUUUUACGUAAUACUGGACAAGUUGUUAAUUUAAAACUUGUUAGAUAUAAUCAUGGUCCAAAAUAUGAAAAACUACAACAAUACUUAGUACAAGCUAAUCAAAUGGUAAUCACGACUCCUGUCACUAGUACUACACCAUCUAUAACAAUAGAAGAUAAAGAAGAAAUAGAACUAGAUGAUGUUAAUGUGGAGGAAGAUUAUAGUGGUGAUUUAACAACAGAUGAAGAAGCUGCAUUAAAAUCCUGUUGGUCAUCAAUAGUUGGAUCAGACUUUGAUGUUGUUGUUGCUAAGUUAUCAAAGUUUAAAGAGGGUGGAGGAUUGGGUAUAAGUUUAGAAGGAACAGUAGAUGUUGAGAAUGGUGUUGAGGUACGACCUCAUCAUUACAUUCGUUCUAUUCUACCAGAAGGUCCAGUCGGUCAAAAUGGAAAAUGCAAAAGUGGAGAUGAACUUCUAGAGGUUAAUGGACGAAGACUGUUAGGAUUAAACCAUGUUGAUGUUGUUGGUAUCCUUAAAGAUCUACCACAACAUGUCCGUCUGGUAUGUGCCAGACGCAAAAAUCCACCAGCCACAGAAAUCUAUGCACAACAAGAAGAUGUAGACUACACGAGUCCGGCUUUUAAUACAGGUGUCAAAGAAAACCUGCCUUUAUCAAACAGAAUGGUGAAAGCUAAAUCAGAUCAGGCCAUAUCGUCAGUCGAAAACACAGCCUUACAAAACUCUUUGAAUAAGUCCAAGUCCCGCUCAUUAGAACCUCUCAGUAGUCUGGCCAUGUGGAGUAAUGAACCAGUUGUUAUUGAGUUAAUUAAAGGUGAUAAUGGUCUUGGAUUCAGUAUAUUAGAUUACCAGGAUCCAGUGAAUCCUAAUGAAACUGUUAUUGUGAUACAAAGUCUGGUGCCAGGUGGUGUCGCUCAACAAGAUGGACGCCUAGUGCCAGGCGAUCGACUCAUAUUCGUCAAUGAUGUGAAUGUAGAAAAUGCUACACUGGAUGAAACAGCUCAGGCUUUGAAAGGAGCUCAGAAAGGAAUUGUCCAAAUUGGUGUUGCCAAGCCUUUACUUUUAUCGGAAAAUUUAAACGAAGAGUCGUUUGAUGCACUUCCUCAAUCUGAAGCAGCACCAUCUUCCCCUGACCUUGUGACAUCCUUCACUGAGCAGCUCCCAGAAUCCUCCACUAUUACCAUGUCAGCCCAUGAAACGUCACUUAACAUGUCCGAAUCAAGCCAUUCAAGUGAGAGUGACAGUAAGUCAAACCUGAAACGUAAAGAUAGUUUUUACGAUAGUGACGAGGAAGAAAUCAAAGCACCUCGCAAAGCAUCACCGCAAAAAUCAAACGAGACCUCGCCAGAGAGACUUGCUCUGUUAAAGAGCAUGACACCGGCAACUAAAUUGAAUACGUUUGGUAAAGAGGCGAGGGACAUACAUGUCGAGAAAAUGACAGAAGUACAACAUAAAUUCGAUUACGAAGAUAUUGAUGCACUUCCAUCAUACCAGGAGGCUACGUCUGGCUCCAUUCAAGUCACCACCACCUCCACCACAAGUUUCACUAAAAAAAGAGAUGUGAGUCCACUGGCACCAUUAAGGAUAGAAACUCAGUCUCUUGAUAUACUACAAAAUGUGCAGCAUGAACGGAAAGAAUCAGAUGCAGUUUCGGACCAGUUGUCACCUGCCAACACCUCACGAAUAAUAGACGAAGAAUUUGCAGACAUCUUCAAGAUAUCCACUCUUGAAAAACCUUCAUCUACCACAUCUAGUGUUAAAGUCACUCCUCCCCCAAUACCCCCAAAGCCACGCCUACCACCCAGAGUUGCGCCAGGACCAAAAUUGAAAAAGGAUGAGACUCCACCUCCUCUACCAGCAUCAACACCUCCAGCACAAUCUGCUACUUCACCACGUCUACCAGCAUCAACACCUCCAGUACAAUCUGCUUCAUCCCCAAAAUUACAGUCUACACCACCCACCGUAGAUUCACCAGAUGUCAAGCCGAAUACCAGAUUUAUUGUUGCUCAUAGAAAAUCGGAGAGUGCCGAUAGUUCCGUUUCAUCUUCAUCAGAAUGCUUUACCACAAGUGACCUUAAAGUGAUGCCCUCGCCACCCCUAUCACCACGAACGAUGUCCCCGGGGUUAUCGACAUCCCCUGGCAUGUCACCUCUAGCUUCACCGAGUCUGAUGCGUGGAUCGUGGAUGAGUGGUAUAGAUAUUAUUCCACAGAACUAUGAAAAAGUUAUAAAAAUCAAAAAGGGCAAUGAUCAAUUAGGGAUGACAGUUGAAUCUGUAGAUAAAGGUGCUAAUGGAACUGUUAUAAGGAGUAUUACUAAAGGCAGUGCUGUAUCUAAAGAUGGCCGCUUAUUACCUGGUGAUUAUAUUGUCUCCAUAAACAACGAAAGUAUGAGAAAAAUUACGAAUGCUCAAGCUAGGGCCAUUCUCAGAAGAGCGUCACUACUCAGCACAGAUAUCAGUGUAACUUACAUAUCAGGACCUGAUGCGGCUAAUCAUCGUGAAACUAUGAGUAAUCAAGGUACUGCUAACAGUCCAUCACAUCAUUCCAGUAUGCCUUCACCAAAUCCAUCUCUAUCACCGUCAUCAGCUAUGCUAGUAUCCACCCCUCCAACGUCUCCAGCAAAAAUUAUCAUCCCACCAGAAGAUGUGUCAGUGAGUCAGGAUGACUCAAAAGAACAGAUUUCACCAAGACAGAAGUCCCUGAAAGCAGAUGGUUCACCAGCAGUACAAGCAUGGGGCUCCCCUCGAGCGGUACAAUUGGUCAGAGAACCAGGAAAAAGUUUAGGCAUCAGUAUCGUAGGUGGGCGUGUGGAUUUGUUUAAUUUACUUGAAGAUCAUACGAUAUCAGGAAUAUUUAUAAAACAUGUAUUAGAAGACAGUCCUGCUGGCAGGAAUGGAACAUUAAAAACUGGUGAUAGAAUUUUAGAGGUUAAUGGUGAAGAUGUGCGCAAUUCUACUCAUGAUGAAGCCGUGGAAGUUAUACGACAUGCAAAAUCUCCUGUAACAUUUGUUGUCCAAAGUCUUUCUGAUUCAGCUUGUCCUGGUGACCUUGAAUCAGCUGAAUUAAAAUCAGUCCAUUCCUUUGAAGAAGUCCACAGUUCAACUGUGAACCCUGUACAAAGUUCGCAAGCACCUGUUGAAAAUCCUGUACCGAAAGCUGUUAGUAUAGACCAACCAAUGGAGGCAGGUAGUGAGAGUGAUUCCGAAGAUGAAUUCGGAUAUUCUUCUAAAAAAAUUCAACGAAAAUAUGGCGAUUUAAAUGGUGAUAUACAUGUAAUAGAUUUAAAUAGAGGUAGUAGUGAAUUAGGGUUAAGUUUAGCGGGUAAUAAAGAUCGUAGUACCAUGAGUGUGUUUGUCGCUGGUAUUAAACCUGAUAGUGCCUGUUAUAGAGACGGAAGAAUUAAAGUCGGAGAUGAAGUUUUAGAGGUCAAUGGUCAUGUUUUAUAUGGCAGAAGUCAUCUCAAUGCUUCUUCAAUCAUAAAAGCUGUAACAGCACAUACAGUCAAAAUUAUUUUACUCAGACGGGAAGAUUUCUUGGAUCAUAUGGCAAUUAAACCAUUACGUAUGGGUCCACCACCAACAUCGAUGGAGAGAAACCCAAAUGAGCCUCAUGAAUCACCAGUUCAUGUUGUGCCACCAAAACCCAAAGAUGUAGAAGUUGUACCAUUAUUAGAAGAACCAGAAAUUGUUUUUCUUAAAAAGGGUCCACAAGGUCUUGGGUUUGGUAUUGCUGAAGCAACAGUUGAAGGUCGUCCAAGCCUUUUUUAUGUAAAAAGUAUAACACCAGGUGGCAUCGUUGACCAGGAUGGUCAGCUGUCAGUUGGUGAUCGUGUAUUAGAAGUUGGUGAUAAACCUCUCUCAGGUGUAACUUAUGAACAGGCAAUAGAAAUUCUACGCACAAUUCAGGGAAGUGUUCGAUUAAAAAUCCGAAGACUAAAGAAAGUUGAAGAAGUGAAACCUGUUAUGCAAUUAUCCAAUAUGACAGGUGAAUCUUCUACAGAUCCAGUAGACUCAAAAACGCUUGUAACAGUUGACCCCCUAACCUGUGAAAUAGCAGCAGGUCGUGAAACAUAUUUAGAAAUAGAAAAGGGAAAAACCGGAUUAGGUCUCAGUAUUGUUGGUGGAUCUGACACACUACUGGGAGCUAUUAUAAUCCAUGAAGUAUAUGAUGAUGGUGCUGCUGCUAGAGAUGGAAGAUUAGUAGCUGGUGAUCAGGUUUUAGAGGUAAAUAAUGAAGAUCUAAGGGACGCAACUCAUGAUCAUGCAAUACAAGUAUUACGUCAAACACCGGCUAGAGUUGGUAUGGUUAUAUAUCGUGAUGAUAAUCAAGUACGUGAGGAAGAUAUUUACGAUAUAUUUACCGUAGAUUUGAUGAAACGACCAGGUAAAGGAUUAGGAUUAAGUAUCGUUGGUAAAAAGAAUGAUGUUGGAGUCUACAUAUCAGAUAUAGUGAAAGGUGGUGUAGCUGAAACUGACGGUAGAUUAAUGCAAGGGGAUCAAAUUUUAGCUGUAAAUUUAGAAGAUAUGAGAAAUUCAACACAAGAAUAUGCAGCAGGUGUUUUAAAGACUUUAAUGGGAAAAGUUUCAAUGACAGUUGGUAGAUUAAAAGCAGGUUCACGUACUUCAUCGAGAAGAAAUUCCAAUUCACCUGGCCAUGCUCUAAAGAAAUCCGAAUCCACUGCUAGCAGUCGAUCACGAGGAAAACAUACAAAAAGGACGGCAUCUGCUGGUAGUGAAGAUACUGGUUUAAGAAUAGUGGAAAUAAAACACGAUGAAAGUGGAUCAUUAGGUUUAAGUAUUGCUGGUGGUGUAGGCAGUCCUAUGGGUGAUGUACCUAUUGUUAUCGCUAACUUAAACCCUAACGGACCAGCAGCAAAAACAGGGAAACUUAGGACAGGUGAUAAAAUAUUAAUGAUAAAUGGUGAUUCUACUGAUGGUAUGACACAUGAUACAGCUGUUCAUAUACUCAAGUCUUCCACAGAACUUAAACUUCAGGUUCUUCAAGGAGAAGAAAUGACUGUAAGUGUAAAUGGUCAUAAAUCUAAACAAGUCAGUAUGGAUAUAUCCCAACAAGUCAGUAUAGAUACGUCACAACAAGGAGCAAAUUCAGCAGCUGUUAAAACAGGAGAAGCUGAUGCUGAAAGUCAACCUCCUCAAUAUAAAAAGAUAAUUCUUACUCGUGGUGCUGAUGGUCUUGGUUUCUCUAUUGUUGGAGGUUAUGGUAGUCCUCAUGGAGAUUUACCAAUUUACGUUAAAAAUGUCUUUACUAAAGGUGCUGCUGCGGAUGACGGCCAACUUCAACGCGGCGAUCAAAUUCUGACCGUUAACGGACAAAAUUUGGACGGUGUUACGCAUGAAGAAGCUGUAAAUAUUUUGAAAAAUGCUAAAGGACAAGUUAUAAUGAACGUCAUAUCUUGAUGAUUUGAUGAUACAGAAUUUUUCAUUGGCUGUUUACUUGAUAAUACAGACUUGAUCAUUGGUUGUUAUUUGAUAGAAGAAACAGACUUUAUCAUUGAUUGUCACGCUUUUAUCUGAACAUAAGUAACAAAAACAUAUUAAUUCUGAUGUUAAUUAAUACACCUAUUGUGUAGGCAGUAGUGUUGCUAACGAGGGAUGUGCUAUGGGCUUGGUGUACCCACCCACCUUUAGUCCAGAAAUGAUGAAUUUGGGAAAAGAAAUAUCAAGUUUGGAGAACAGAUUUGCCACUGUUGCAAAAUCCCUCCUAUUCUAUUGUGUGUUGGCCUAAAUUUCUACUGCCAUUUUUUUUAAACUAUACAAUGUGACGAUUGCAUGCAUGACACGGACAACUAUGAACUGUCAGACAUCAGCAUCAACUAGAACAGAUUAAUUACUCCGAUAUAUAUGUGCUGUGAUUUUAACUAUGGCAAGGGUUGUGAUUUUUGUUUUUCUUUCAAUCUGCUUUUUGAUCAGUUAAGUGAGUGUCUCACUAACCAAUGUAUAUUUAUAAUCCGAUUUUAAUCUGUUAUAUGUACAUGUAUAUAAUGAACUAUGAGUAUUAUUAUUCAAGAUGUAUCUUAAACUUUUGCUCAGUUAUUAAGUUAGAACAAAGAAUACUUUUAUGUGCCAUUAAAUAAUUGUAAUUCGAACUACCUUCUAGCAUUCCAAGUAAUAUUGUAAAUAAUUUUGAAAUAUGAUUUAGUACAUGUAUAUUUAGCGUGUAAUUAUUAAUGAAUGAAAUCUUUAUAUUCUAUUGUUAUGGUAAAAUAUUAUAAGGUUUUAUAUUUUUCCGUUUAUUGUUUUUAGUACAUAUCUUUAGUAUAGAAUAACAUUAUCAAUGAAAAUUUUGAAAUAGAAUAAUCUUAUUUUACGCGCAUAUUUUGAAAAUAUAUUGCCUUGAUGAUAUCUAUAAUAAUUCCUAAUUUGAAAAUAAAUUUUUUUUAUUUUUUUUGUUUGUUUAUUGUAUUCAGUACAUAUCCCUAGUAUAGAAAUAACAUAAUCUUUAUAAUAUCAAUGAACAGUUUUAAAAUAUCAUAACCUUAUGUAUGGCGAAUAUUUUGAAAAUAUAUUGCCUUGAAAUCUAUAAUAUAUCCUUAUUAUUAGAAUAAAAAUGUCAUCCUAGAACAUGAAAAAAAGGUUUUAUAUUUUUUAGUUUAUUAUAUUCAUAUCUAUCUUUCUAGUAUCAGUGAAAAUUCAAAAAUAGUAUAACCUUACUUUAGGCUUAUAUUUUGAAAAUAUAUUGCCUUGAAAUCUAUAAUAAUUCUUUAUUUUAGAUUAAAAUUGUUAUUCUAGAACUUUUAGAAUAUAGACUAACAUAACCUGUGGCUCUUGUGCUAAUAAUAGUAAUGAUAGAUUUACCUUAAAUAAAAAUAUAUCCUUAGGUUGGAAUAAUUUUGUAGAAUAGUAUCUAGUAUACAGAUACAGAAUGAUAUAAUCUACGACUCUUACACAAAUUGGAAAAUAGUUUGCAUUGAGAUUUUAUCAUUUGAAUUAUAGUAAGACAUAAAAAAAAAAUUCUCUUAUUCUAAUAAUAGGAAAACAUUUUGCCUUGAAAUAAAUACAAAUUUUAUAGCCUACUUAUGAAACAAUAAAAUUAAGUUGGACUUUUUUAAAAAUGUUUAAUUUGUUUUAAAUGGCAGUUCGUUUUAAAAGUUAUUUGAUUGAUCACUGGUUGUUCUCUUUUUUUUUUGUCGUUUUUGUGUUUAUGGAUAAUUUAACAUUUGUUAAUAUAUCAUAUUUUUAUUAUUACAAAUUAAUGACCUGUAUUAAAUAAUUUAUCAGUUUUUCAGAAAUCAUAUAACAUGCACUUAGGCUUCAACCUUGAUCAAUAUAACCAUCAUAAAAAGUCUUUAAGAACCGAUUCUAAAUUGAAAUCGGUUUCUUAGUUGCCGUUGGUUACCAUAUAGUAAGCUGCCAUUAGUUUUAUCAUGACACAAGUUACAAUCAAAUGAGAUGUAGGAUAAACCCAACAGUUUUAUGGAUAACAAACAAUUACUGUAUUUCUAUUAAAGCUCCUAAUUGAAUGAUUUCAUUGAAUGUUUAGAUUGUACAUAGUAUAAAUAUUUCGUUCCUUCUGUCUGUAUCAUAGUCUACGAUAUCGGCCUUGGGGAAGUGGAUGUAAAAUUCCAGGGACGCAUGUGUCUGUAUCAGUAUUGUGCUUGACAACGACAAGAGAAUCAUUGUUGAAACAUAACUUUAAUAGAAAUACAGUAAUUGUUAUCCAUAGAACUGUUGUGUUUAUUUUAAUGUGUUUUAUUACUAAAUGCCAUUCAAACAGUAUACAAAUGGGAUGUGGGAGCUUAUUGAGUUCAAUGAAGGUCUUUCUUUAAAAGAAAAGAUUUGGCUGGAAAGCGUCAUUUAUUCAGCAUGGCCUUAUUUAUCGACCAAAGGAGUUGUUUUGUCAUUAUUAUAUGGAACAUCAAACAGUAGUAAUGUUAUCAUUCUUUCUGGUGAUUCAUAACAAAUUUCUUGAUUGUUACUAUUUUUACUCAUUAUGUUAAUAUCUCCAAAUUAAUAUAAGUUUUUAAACAAGUUUUUAUUUAUACAGUGUAUUCUGUCUUCCUUUUAAUGUGAAUUCUAACUACAGUACUGCUACAUGUCACAUGUUCUGUGUAUGAUCUUCCGCAGAGAUAUUCAAAUCCAAAGAAAACAUCUUAUAACACAGAUACCAAUUAUUUGUAGCCUAGUUUACUUGGUUUCGCUUAUGUUUCUGUUUGAAGCUAUGUAAAUUUCUUAUCAUAUAGUUUUGAUUCUUGGAGAUCCCUUGACAGUUGGAAUUCGAUAUAAGAGUAGGCCAUAGUGCCACUGCCUGGGCAAAAUUUCCCUCAUUGCACACUGUAUGGCAUAUGCUCGUCCUCAUUAGCCCAGUCGGAGCAGAACAGAAGGACGUUAAAGCCCAUUUCAUUUGGUUUUGAUUGUUGAAGAAAGAUAGCACAAGCCUUUGUAGCGCUUCGUCAUUUGAUUUACAGAGGAUUGGACAAUCAUAUUCAGAAUAUAGGACAUGUAGUAUACAACUACGCUAUUAUUAUUGUAUAUAAGAUUAUAUGUAUUAUUGUCCAUAAUUGUAUAUUGCAUAUGGUUAUUAUCAUUUGGUAGUUUGGCCUUUAUUGGUUGCACAUUAUUUUGUAUGGUUUCCCCUAUGCAAAUUGGUAUUAAAUCAUCUAGCUCUCCUGAAAUUAGCAGCUCAAUAUAACAGCAUCUAAAUAGAAGUAAAGUUAUCUAGGGAUUCAAACUUUUUUUAAAGAAAAUUUUGGCUGUAUCAAUACCAUUACUUUUAAUGGAAUUUAAAUUUAAAAGUCCAAGAAACAAUAUAUAAAAAUAUUUCCCAGCCAUUUAAAAAAAAAAUAUAUAUGCAAAAAUAAAAGCAAUUCUAUUGAUUUGUCAGCUAAGAAAAAUAUUUUUGUGAUGACGAUCCAUAAAGAUGAUGUUCUUAAAAUCCUUUCUGAACUGCAUACAAAACUAAAUGGAAAUUUACCAUCAGUGUGCUCAUUCCAAUUAUUUUAACAAGUCUUGACUGACUGGCAGUGAAACGGACUGGAUAAGUCUUGACUGUCAAUUUGUAGUGGAAAAAUCUGUCAGUCAUUUUGCAGUUUUUAUGCAUAAAAACACUUGAAAAUAAAUAAAAAAAUUGUCCUUCUUUGGAAAAAUAAAUUAUCCAAAGUCAACAACAUACAUCAUAAAUUGAUCGUCUGCCUUCAGGUGAAAUGUUAAAGUUAAAUCCCAGGUAAGAACUUUCCAAAUAAAUAAGAAGUCGUGUCAGGUAUACGGAUAUAACAAUAAUAUCCACCGUCACUGCUUAUAUUGGUCAGUAGUUUGGAUUCUGAAACAGAAGCUGUGUGGUAAUUUCCGUGCAAUGGCUACCAGGAGGGUCAUGACAAAAUCAGCUUUAAAUUAAUUAUAGGCCCUACAUGUAAAUUUGUAUACCGGUAUAUAUAUAUAUAUCUGUUUUGUAUGUUGAAAACCUGACAAAUGGUGUAAUAUUAUUAUUCACAUGAAAAUUGUUACGACUUGAGUUAUUUAGAAUAUUAACUUGAAUAGAUUUGUAGCUGGGUUUUCUGCUUAUGAGUCCAAAAAAAGUACCAAUAUAGAAGUCUUUUUCUUUUAUAGGUAUUAACCGAAAACAUUAAGACUAAUUCGUAUGCAACAAAUAUGAUAUGGAAAACAGCUACUGAUUUAUUUUGGGGACAUAUUGACGAGUCUCUCCAUCUUCUCAACAGAUGUUUUCCAUAAAUAUAUGUUUAGAUUAUUACUGUAUCCAGUUACUAAAUGCCUCUAAAAGAUCAAAUAGCAUGUGAAAUGAACUCCAAGUGGGCUUGGAAACUUGUAUGUAUAUUUUCAAAGUCAAUGAUCAAAAUCCAAUGGCAUAGUUUAAUUCAUUUUAAUAUUUUUUUUUUUCCAUUUAAUUUUCUGUGUUAAAAUGCCAGCUUGUACAUAUUGUAGACUUAUCUUAUAUACUUGAUCAUUGUUAUUCAUAUUUAGUAGAAAUGAUUAAUUGUACAGUAUAUAUACAUAGAUAAAAAGAUAUCAAGGCUUCUACCCGUCAUUUUAUUAUUACGGCUAUAUUAUAGAAUAUAUCUAUUAAUACAUUGUUUCAGUCAAUUAUUAUUAUCCAAGAUUUAUAUAAAAAAAAGUAUAAUAAAGGUUAUUUACAAAGA